AUGCAACUACGAACACCGCCGAACUUUACGUUACCGACGCGCGUAGUGAAAGACCGAGUCACGCACGACUGUAGACCGCUACUACCUUACGUCAACGAUGCUGGCCGCUUCCCGAAUAUCCAAAGCUGCUGGCCCAUUAUCACAUGGGGCGCGCAGCAAGCAAGACUAGCAAAGAUUGAUCUGAGUAAAGCGUUUCAUACCAUACCACUGCCGCCCGACCAAGUGGGCACUUAUGCGUUCCGACACCGUGAUAAGUAUUACGCGUAUAAGUGCAUGCCUAUGGGCGCUACUAACGCACCAAAACAUUUCCAUCAUACGAUGGGAACCAUCUUGAAACGUCUACGCUUCGCCGAGCACGUACGCUACUACCAGGACGACAUAUUUAUAGCGGCCGAGACCAGCCAGCAACUCAAGUUACGAUACGAACAAACGAAACAGCUCUUGACCACGCAUGGUUUCAAGAUUAAUAACGAGAAGUCACAGUUACAAUGCACAAGCAUCUUAGGAUACGAACUAUUUGACCACACAUUAACGAUUCCAAAAGCCAAAUGGGCUAAAAUACAACGAUUGAUGCAAACAGGAGCCCACGCUAGCAUUACGAAAGCAGCGCAGACGCUCCAGUAUUAUAAACAUGCAUUGACGACAGCACAACAGCGAAUAGUAACGAAGCUACUGCAACAGAAAGUUAAAGACAACGACAUACUAAAGAUCUACUGCAACUGCUUCAAACAACGUCCGUCCAUACGUUAUACUGCACAACCGAACAAACCGCUACGCCUAUACAUUGAUACUAGUAACGUGGCUGUUGGCCUCUCUUUGAUUCAAGGAGCCAACACAUUGAUGACAAAAACUAUCGACAAGCCAGCCACGCACAACUACAGUAACACGAACGAAGCCUAA